AUGCUUCCCCAAGUGCUGCUUCACCAUGGUCUGUUUCCGACUGCUCCCUCACAGCCUCGUAUGGCUGUCUCCGUCGAAUUGCUAUCAUUCUAUCGGGCACUUUUCGAACGGUCUUGUGAUGCCAUCAAUGCCUUGGCAUCGGCUCUCAAAACUCACUACUCUCGAAGAGGUUUCAUUAUGGCAGAUGCCCGAGUAAGUAAUUCGUGA